AUGAACGGCUUUCCAGGCCGCCACGCGCAGCCUGCACCGGUAUGGCAGGAACAUCAUACCAAUGAUGGUCGAGCCUACUACUAUAACAAUGUUACCAAAGCGACGCAAUGGACCAAGCCCGAGGAAAUGAUGUCGCCGGCAGAGCGCGCUCUCGCCAACCAACCCUGGAAAGAAUACACAGCCAAGGGUGGUCAAAAGUACUGGUACAAUACGGAGACUAAGGAGAGCUCCUGGGAGAUGCCUGAUGUGUACAAAACCGCUCUUGGUUCAGGGUCAACCCCCGCUCCUGCGCAGACACCAGUGACACCCGCGACACCAUCGUCAUUCGGUGGAGGCUAUGGAGGCUCAUUCGAUCAGGGGCGCGACCAUCGCGAUUCUUACACCGAGUCACGACAACUACCUGCCCCAAACGACCCCAAGGCUCAGAUAUUUGUGCCCGAAACGAAUGAUCCCGAAUACGCGACAGUCGAGGAAGCCGAGGCUGCCUUCUCUAAGCUACUUCGUCGAAGUGGUGUUCAGCCAGACUGGACGUGGGAGCAGACCAUUCGAGCCACAGCCCGCGAUCCCCAGUUCCGCGCAAUCAAAGACCCCAAAGAUCGAAGAGACGCUUUUGAGAAGUUUUGCCAAGAUGUUAUCAUCCAGGACAAGGAGCGUGCCAAGGAGCGGUUGGCUAAACUUCGAACUGAUUUCGAGACCAUGCUUAAGCGGCACCCCGAGAUUACCCAUUAUACGCGCUGGAAGACUGCGCGCCCCAUGAUUGAGGGGGAAACCAUUUUCCGGUCUACCAACGACGAGUCGGAGCGGCGCCAGCUCUUUGAAGAAUACAUUAUUGGCUUGAAGAGAGCCCAUGCCGAACAGCAGGCCUCUAUGCGAAAGAGUGCCAUCGACGGCCUGGUCGAUCUUCUUCCCAAACUCAACCUGGAGCCCUAUACUCGAUGGUCUGAUGCACAAGGAAUCAUUUCUACAACCCAACCGUUUCAAAGUGAUGCCAAGUACCAGACUCUCAGUCAGCUCGACAUGUUAUCCGCCUUCCAAAACCAUAUGAAGGCCCUUGAGCGCGCGUUCAAUGACUCUAAGCAGGAGGAGAAAACUCAGAAGUUCCGAAAUGAGCGGAAAGCUAGAGAUGGCUUCAAAGCACUAUUGAACGAGCUCCGUGCCGACGGUAAGAUCAAUGCAGGCACUAAGUGGGCGCAAAUCCACCCCUUGAUUGAGAAUGAUCCAAGGUAUCGAAAUAUGAUGGGCCAUGGCGGCUCAACACCACAAGAGCUCUUCUGGGAUCUCGUAGAGGAGGAGGAGCGUGGGCUUCGUCAGCCGCGUAACCACGUUCUUGAUGUUCUCGAGGACAAACGAAUUGAACUCAACCCUAACAGCGAUUUGGAAGAGUUUAUAUCCACGAUGAAGGGUGAUCGGCGCACGGCCGAUAUCAGCCGAGAUGUUUUGAACCUCAUUUUUGACCGGCUACGUGAGAAACGUACCUCUAAGCGUGACGAUCGCCGGGCAGUUGAUGACCUACGGACGUUUAUGAAACGAAUGGAGCCACCUAUUACUCUCAACGACUCUUAUGAAAAGGUUAGACCCCGACUAAUCAAAGCAGACGAGUUCCAGGCUGUUACGUCAGAGGAGUCUAGAAGAUCCGCAUUUGACAAACACAUGCGUCGCCUUCGAGAGAAGGAGGAGGACGCCCACCGAAGGGACAGGCGCCGUGACCGUGCGUCUGUGGAGAGGGAUCGCCGAGAGAGAGAUCGGUCCAGAGGUGAGCGCUCUCAUCGCAGCAGUGGCCGCCCUCGACGAAGCCGCAGCCCCGAAGCGGAUGCCUAUGAGGCAGACAGACGCAAAGCAAUUGCGGAGCGUGAGCGAAACCACCGCAAAUCCACUAUGGCGGAGAAUCUAUUAUCCACUGACCGUGGCCGUUUAUCUCCUCCACCUCGCCGUGAGCGCGAGCGGGAGCGUGACCGAGACAGAGAGAGGGAGAGAGACAGAGACAGGGAUUACGAUCGCACCCCCCGCUCUCGCCGUGACGAUGACUCGCAUUAUGAUCGCGAGCGACGAGACAGAGAGGAGGAGCGAGAGCGACUCUACCGUCGGCGUGUUGACCGCAGCUCCAUUGAGGAACUCCCAUAUGGUGACGAGCGACCUUCAGGAUCAAGCUCUCGACGCCGUCGAACAGAAAAUGAAGAUGACUACGCUCGUAGAGAUUCGCGAGAUUCCAAGAGGUUGAAACGGGAGCCAUCGCGCGAGCGCACCCCUCAACGUGAAGCCCCAGUUCAUACCAAGACUCCUCCUGCUAACCCACCACCAGCACGAGAUGCAAGGUCCGGCAGUGAGGAAGGAGAAAUUGAGGAAUAG